ACACUGAUUUCUUGUCUGCGAAGCCAAUUCAAUCUUCCAACAACUUAUACCGGAGGUUUUAUUCUCUCGAAUUAACACCCUUCCAUAUCACAGGCUUUUUUAUAAAAAAGCACCCAAAAAAUGUCCCUCCCAACCCUCGCCCUCCGCCGCACCACCUCCCUCACCAACACAACCCUCCCAAUAACCUCCACCAUCACCCACCAAAUCCGACAUGCAACCCUCUUAAAGCGUCCACUCCGUCCCUACACCUUCACGCAACUCGUUACCCUAUCCGAUGGCUCAACCUACCUCACGCGCUCCACCUCCCCCGCACCAAUUUACCGCAGUACAAAAGAUACACGCAAUCAUCCUUUAUGGCAGCCAUCGUUAGAUUCGUUACGGAAUGUUGAGAAUGAUGAGGCGGGGCGACUGAGCGCAUUUAGAGAGAGGUUUGGACGGGGAUGGGACGGGGAUAUGGAGAAGGGGGAGGGAGAAGGAGGGAAGAAGUCAGCGGGAGAGAGUGGGAACGGAGAGGAGAUGGGAGAUAUGGAUAAUUUGAUGGAUUUGAUUAGUGGGGGUACCCAAAGGGAUAGUGCGAGUAUGAAGGGAGCUGUUAGGACGAAAAGUGGGAAGGAGAAAAAGUAGAUUGGAAAGAGUGUGAGUGGGGGGCGUGAGUGACGGUAGUAAGUGAGGGGUAGUAUGAUAAUUAUUAGGAUGAAGGAGCUUUGGUUGGUAUGAAGCUGUUGAAAAGAUAUUCUCCUCCAAGAGCUUUCCAAAGCAGAGGUUAUUAGAGACCCACCGAGUCGAAUUGUACGAUGAACGAAGAAACAUGGUCUCACCUCGCAAUGCAUACAUACCAUUAAGGUACGAAAAAUGCAUUCUAACCAGGGGUGGGGGUGCAUUCAGAAUUGAAAUAUUAU